AUGGGAGGAAAAGGAGAAGGAGGGAGGGGGGAAGACAUAACCCACUUCUUCUUCCUUCUUCCUCUUGUGAACAGGGCUAGUGAAGACUGCGAUUGCCGUGGCGGGAAGAUGUUGGACUCAACCCCGAACCAUCCGCCUUCAUGUGCGGCGGCGAAAGGGGUAGGAGGCGGCGGAGGGAGAACAUCUUAUGAGGUUCAGUGCCUUCCAAGUGAGCGAGAUGCCUUACUUAAGAUGAAGAGUCAUCUCUCAGAUCCUUCAAACAGGCUAACCUCUUGGUCUCUCCAUGCAAAUUGCUGCAGCUGGGCUGCAGUUACUUGCCACAACAUCACAGGCCAUAUUCUUGAGCUCCACCUCACGAAUCCACCUAUUUUACAGUUUGGCGGCUAUGAUUUGUAUGAGACAUUAAUGUUUGGUGGUGAGGUACAUUCUUCCUUGCUUGACUUGAAGCAUUUGAAUUAUUUGGAUUUGAGCAGUAAUGAUUUUGGAGGCAUGCAAAUACCUGGUUUUCUUGGCUCAAUGACAAGCUUGACAUAUCUUAACCUAUCUAAUGCUGGAUUUGCUGGAAGCAUUCCUCUUCAGUUUUGGAAUCUUUCCGAUCUGAUCUAUCUUGACCUUGGAGGCAAUGUUUUGGAAGGAAGCAUUCCUCAUCAAAUUGGAAAACUCUCCAAUUUACAAUAUCUUGGUCUCGGAGAAAAUGAAUUUAAUGGAAGCAUUCCUCGUCAAAUUGGAAAUCUCUCCAAUUUGCAAUAUCUUGAUCUUAGAUAUAAUCAGUUUGGUGGAAGCAUCCCCCAUCAAAUUGGAAACCUUUCAAAUCUAAUCAAUCUUCAUCUCGGACAUGUUGAAAACCUCCAAUGGGUUUCAGCUCUUUCUUCUCUUCAGCAUCUUGAGCUGAUUGAUUUAAACCUAUCCAACACCUUUGACUGGUUGCAGGAUCUAGAUUCACUUCGUUCCCUGAGAGAGUUGCACUUGUUAGGAUGUGAUUUGAACCAUCAUUUUGAACCAUCAACCUUAAACUUUUCAUCUUUAGCCAUCCUUCAUCUUUCUGAUUCUGAAUUGGGCACUUCAUUGAUUCCAAAUUGGGUAUUUCAACUGAAAAGAUUAGUUCAUCUUCAAUUAAACAGUAAUGGUUUUCAAGGUCCCAUCCCAGUUAGUAUUCAAAACUUAACUCUCCUUCAACAUCUUGAUUUAUCUGACAAUCAGUUCAACUCUUCUCUUCCUGAUUGGUUGUACAGUUUUAGUCAUUUAAAGUCCCUCAUUCUCUCUCAAAACCACUUGGUUGGCACAAUUUCUAUGAAUGUUGGAAACUUGACUUCUCUUGUUACUCUUGAUUUAUAUGGAAAUCUUUUAGAAGGAUCGAUUCCAACUUCUAUGGGAAGUCUUUGCAAUUUGAAAAAACUGGAUAUUUCAAACAUGAAGUGCAACCAACAAAUUUCUCAAAUAUUAAAAAUUCUUUUAGAAAGAUGUGUUUCUCAUGCACUAGAGAUUUUUUAUAUGAGUGGUUCUCAAUUAUCUGGCCAUCUCACUGACCAAAUUGGUCUUCUUAAGAAUCUUGUCCAACUUGAUCUUUCUUAUAACUCCAUUCAAGGUGCAAUACCUAACUCAUUGGAAAACCUUGCAUCUCUAAAAUAUCUUGAUCUAUAUAGCAAUUCCAUGAAAGGUGCACUUCCUGACUCAUUAGGAAACAUUAAAUCUUUGAUAUGUCUUGAUCUUUGGAACAACACUUUUGAAAGUGCAAUUCCUAUAUCAUUUGGAAAUCUAACAUCUUUGAUGUAUCUUGAUCUCUAUGAAAAUCAACUUGAAGGAAAUCCUUUCAAAAUUCUAGGAUCACUCUGUAAAUUGAAUUUCCUUAGUUUGGGACAUAAUCUUUUUCAAGGAGUUGUCAAAGAAGCCCACCUUGUUAAUUUUACCCACUUGCAAGUAUUAGGGGUACAAAAAAACCAACUCAAUUUAAAGCUCGACCCUAAUUGGGAUCCUCCUUUCCAACUUUUGGAGCAGUUAAAUUUGGCUUCUUUGAAUUUUGGUCCUCACUUUCCAUCAUGGAUUCAAUCACUAAAGCAUCUUCGAUAUUUGGACAUCUCCGACAACAAGAUUUGUGAUUCAAUUCCAACUUCAUUUUGGGGCACAGCUGGAAAUCUCCACUAUUUGAAUCUCUCCCACAAUCAUAUUGAAGGAGAGCUUUCGAAUACACUGAUAAACUAUUCUUUUGGAAUUGUUGAUCUAAGCUCAAAUAAGUUAUAUGGCCAAUUACCAGGUGCCACAGCCUCAGCUCCUACGCCUCCGCCGGCUAAGAAGGAUACUGGAACUGGUGGUAGGAAAAUAGUUAAUGCGUUCGUUGGCAAGGGUGUCAACAGGAAGGUUGCCUCUUAUCUUGAUUGCGUUUUAGAGCCAUUCGAAUCGAUUGGCGUUGGAGGGGACCCAGCUUCUGGGUGA